AUGAGGACGACCCUCACGUUUCAGGCCGAGGAGCAACUGCUGCAUUGGGUCAUUGACAUGCGAAAGGAUGGGGUCCCUGUGACGCACAGCAUGCUCCGCAUCAUGGUGUUGGAAGCUGCAAUCGACUUGGGCCAUGAAGACCACGAGACGGUCCGGCGGUGCUUGAAUCCUUCACGCAGCACGUUCAAACCAUCGUGCUGGAACAACAUCGACUGCGUCUACUACGCCGACCAAACGAGGGUGAACUAUGAGUACCUUCCAACGAAGACCUUGAAUCCCACCGGCGACAAGACGAUCUGGGUCAAGUGCGUCGGAAAAACGAAGGAGCGUGUGACCGCCAUGCUCUUGGCGGACUGA